CACAGCAGGUCCUCUGCCGAAGGCAUUUGGAGACGGUAAUCGAGGGACUUUGUGGACUUUAUUUCAGCUGUAUCUCGUCCCCAGGUGCUCUUUGAGGGAGGAGGACAAGGAAAACGGCUGCUGGGGGGAGGAAGCGGUGGGAAUCACAUUGUCGGGUCUGGAUUGGGGUUAAAGGGAGAUUGGGGGUUUGAUUUAGGACCACCAAAAGAGAGAGAGGACCGGAUUUGCACCUAGCAUCAUGGCGUGGCCGUGCAUCACAAGGGCCUGCUGCAUCGCCCGCUUCUGGAACCAGCUGGACAAGGCAGACAUUGCGGUGCCGCUGGUUUUCACCAAGUACUCGGAGGCCACGGAGCAUCCAGGGGCCCCGCCGCAGCCACCAGCGCCGCUGCAGUCAGCGAUAGCGCCCCCCUCGCGCGCUGUCGCCAUAGAGACGCAGCCUGCCCAGGGCGAGUCGGAUGUAGUUGCCCGGGCAACAGGGCCGGCGCCCGGGCCCAGCGGCGACCGCGAGAGUGCAACCGCCCCCGGCCGGAGUGGCCCGGGCCUGGGCGCGGCCUCGGGCUCCACUUCCGGCUCAGGCACCGCGGACUCGGUGAUGCGACAGGACUACCGCGCCUGGAAAGUGCAGCGGCCAGAGCCCAGCUGCCGGCCGCGCAGCGAGUACCAGCCUUCCGACGCGCCCUUCGAGCGCGAGACCCAGUACCAGAAGGACUUCCGCGCCUGGCCACUCCCCCGCCGCGGGGACCACCCCUGGAUCCCCAAGCCGGUGCAGAUCCCUUCGACUUCUCAACCUUCCCCGUCUAUUCUUGGGGUGCCCAAGCGUCGUCCGCAGAGCCAAGAGCGCGGGACCAUGCAGACCUCUACCGAAGCCCGGGACCCGGAAGGCGGUGGAGGAGCCGGGGUGCCGGCGGCGGGAAAGGCGUCGGGUGCAGACCAGCGCGACACGCGCAGGAAAGCGGGACCGGCCUGGAUGGUGACUCGCACCGAAGGGCACGAGGAGAAGCCGCUGCCCCCGGCCCAGUCCCUGACCCAGGAGGGCGGCCCUGCAGCUGGAAAGGCCUCUGGUGCAGACCAGCGUGACACACGCAGGAAGGCGGGACCGGCCUGGAUGGUGACUCGCACAGAAGGGCAUGAGGAGACGCCUCUGCCCCCAGCUCAGUCCCUGACCCAGGAGGGCGGCCCUGCAGCUGGAAAGGCCUCUGGUGCAGACCAGCGCGACACACGCAGGAAGGCCGGGCCCGCGUGGAUGGUGACUCGCACAGAAGGGCACGAAGAGAAGCCACUGCCCCCAGCUCAGUCCCUGACCCAGGAGGGAGGCCCUGCAGCUGGAAAGGCAUCUGGUGCAGAUGAGCGUGACACACGCAGGAAGGCAGGACCGGCCUGGAUGGUGCGUCGCUCGGAGGGGCACGAGCAGACACCCGCUGCCCAUGCCCAAGCCGCAGGGCUCGAAGGCGGCAAAGGGCGCGCCGUGGCAGAUGCCCUCAAUAGGCAAAUCCGGGAGGAGGUGACGAGUACAGUGAGCAGUUCCUACAGGAACGAAUUCAGAGCAUGGACAGACAUCAAGCCUGUGAAACCGAUCAAAGCCAAGCCCCAGUACAAGCCCCCGGAUGACAAGAUGGUUCAUGAGACCAGCUACAGCGCCCAGUUCAAAGGAGAGGCUAAUAAGCCCACUGCAGCCGACAACAAGGCCAUGGAGCGCAGAAGAAUACGAAGCCUCUACAGCGAGCCCUUCAAGGAAUCCCCGAAGGUAGAGAAACCUAGUAUUCAGAGUUCCAAACCAAAAAAGACCUCAACGAGCCAUAAGCCCCCGAGGAAGGCCAAAGACAAGCAGGUGGUAUCGGGCCAGGCUGCCAAGAAAAAGACCACAGAGGGCCCCAGUGCCACCAAACCCGACGACAAGGAGCCAAGCAAAGAGAUGAACAAUAAACUGGCUGAGGCGAAAGAGACCCGGGUCCAACCCGCCCGUGAUGCACAUAAGAAUCAAGGUCCUGUAGCCAAAGAACCACACAAGGAUCAAGGUCCUGUGGUCCCAGGGCUUCCGAAAGGCCAAGGUCCUGUGGUCCCAGAGCCUCUGAAGGACCAAGGCCCCGUGGUGCCAGAACUGCCAAAAGACCGAGUUCCUGUGGUCCCGGGCUCCUUAAAGGACCAAAGCCCUACACCCCUGGGCCCGCCAAAGGAUCAAGGUGCUGUAUUCCCAGGGCCCAUGAAAAAUCUAGGUCCAGGGGGCCCAGCACCAACCAAGGUUCAAGACCAUGUGGCUUCUGAGCCUUUAAAGAAUAAAGAUUCGGUCAUCUUAGCACCAGCCGAAGCCCAAAGCCCUUUGCUGCCGGAGCCUCUGAAGAAUCAGAGUCCUGUGGUUCCAGCAAGAGCUAAGGAUCAAAUUUCCCCAGCACCAGCACCUUUGAAGGACCCAGGUCCUGUGACCCCCGAACCCGGGAAAGACCAAGCUCCUUUGAAGGACCCAGGUCCUGUGACCCCUGAACCUGGGAAAGACCGAGCUCCUUUGAAGGACCUAGGUCCUGUGACCCCUGAGCCUUGGAAAGACCAAGCUCCCGUGGUCCCAGAGCGUAGGAAGGAGCAGAAUGUCACAGUCACGGCACCUUUGAAGAGUGAAGCCCCUGUGGUCUCUGAGUCCAUGAAGAAUCAAGGCUUAGCAGACCCAGUCAAAGGUACAGAUACAGUGGUCCCCAGGCUUAUAAAGGGAAAUGAUUCUGUGUUUGUAGCACCUGUAAAGAACCAAGGUCUAGUGGCCCCUGAGCCAGUGAAGAGCCAAGACCCUAUUAUUCCAGCACUAGCCAAGGACCAAGGUCCCAUGGUCCCAGAGCCUCCAAAGAAUCAAAGCCCUGUGGUCCUUGGGCCUGUAAAGAAUCAAGACCCUAUAAUCCCAGUACCUCUGAAGGGUCAGGAUCCCCUGGUGCCAGCCCCAUCAAAGGACCAAGGUCCUAUGGCCCCUGACCCUCUGAAGACUCAAGGUCCCAGAGGCCCUCAACUGUCCACGGUCUCAUCUUCACCCCCAGUCAUGAUCCCGACAGUUCCCCAUGCAGAAUAUAUGGAGGGAUCCCCUUGACUCCCCUGAAACGCCAUGAAGGAGCUGGAAGUGGAGGUGCUCCCCUCCUGGGGAGGCAAAGACAUACAUUUAAUCUGCAUGAAAUCGUGCUGUAGUCUUGCUGGAAUCUAAUAAAACUGGUCCCUCUGGCUCA